AUGGAGGGGUUCAAAGAGGAAGCGGAUGGAGGGAAAGGGGACAAUGAGGACGCGGAGGGAGGGUGGCAACGACGACGCGGAGGGGGGUGGCAACGACGACGCGGAGGGGGCGGCAACGACGACGCGGGGGGAGGGGGCAACGAAGACGCGGGGGGAGGGGGCAACGAAGACGCGGGGGGAGGGGGCAACGACGACGCGGGGGGAUGGGGCAACGACGACGCGGGGGGAGGGGGCAACGACGACGCGGGGGGAGGGGGCAACGACGACGCGGGGGGAGGGGGCAACGACGACGCGGGGGGAGGGGGCAACGACGACGCGGGGGGAGGGGGCAACGACGACGCGGGGGGAGGGGGCAACGACGACGCGGAGGGAGGGGGCAACGACGACGCGGAGGGAGGGGGCAACGACGACGCGGAGGGAGGGGGCAGCGACGACGCGGAGGGAGGGGGCAGCGACGACGCGGAGGGAGGGGGCAGCGACGACGCGGAGGGAGGGGGCGGCGACGACGCGGAGGGAGGGGGGGGCGACGACGCGGAGGGAGGGGGGCGACGACGCGGAGGGAGGGGGGCGACGACGCGGAGGGAGGGGGGCGACGACGCGGAGGGAGGGGGGCGACGACGCGGAGGGAGGGGGGCGACGACGCGGAGGGAGGGGGGCGACGACGCGGAGGGAGGGGGGCGACGACGCGGAGGGAGGGGGGCGACGACGCGGAGGGAGGGGGGCGACGACGCGGAGGGAGGGGGGCGACGACGCGGAGGGUGGGGCAACGACGCGGAGGGAGGGGGCAACGACGAUGCGGAGGGAGGGGGCAACGACGAUGCGGAGGGAGGGGGCAACGACGAUGUGGAGGGAGGGGGCAACGACGACGGCGGAGACGGUAGCGGCAAGGACGGAGACAGUAGCGGCAAGGACAGAGAUGCUAGCAGCAAGGACAAUGGAGCAGGCAACAAGAAGAGAGGUGAUAGCAUCAAGGACAGUGGAGAGAGUAAUGAGGAUACUGAUGGCACAAACAAGGACAGUGGAGGGAUCAAUGAGGACAAGGGUGACAGCAACAAGGACAUGGGAGGAAGAAACAACGUCAGCAAUGGACAAAUUUGGGGAUGA